CAAUAUUUGUUUCCAAAUCCGACUCAAGCUCAACGAUGCAGAGGUUACAGAUUAGUUCUCGGCCAUCAGAAGAGUUUCUGAUUAAUAUCUCGUCGGAUUCUUCAAGCUCCGACGAUCUCGUGGUCGCCAAGAAGGAGAUGAUGCCUCAGAGUAAUAGUUACAAGUCUGUUAAUGGAGAGAGAGCUAUUCAUAUAAUCCCUCUUGUUCUGUUUCUAUGUGCUCUUGUUCUUUGGUCUUUUUCAAGUGCUACUACUAAUCUCAAAUGAUGUACGUGAAGGAAUAGACCUUUGUUAAUUUGUGAU